AUGUCUGGGCUUGAAGUUGUCGGGGUCGUUGCCAGCACUUUCCAACUCGCAGAGAUUGGAAUCAAACUCUCGGUCAAGCUUUGUUCUUUUUACCGCCAGAUCAAAGAUGCCGAUCAGUCGGCACAGCGUCUUGCAAGUGACGUCUCACUCACUUGCAGUAUCUUACAUCAGUUAGGAAAGGUCUUGGAACAGGACAGCCAGACAAAACUUUGCUCUCAGCAGGCGUUUCUGACAGCCCAGGAAGUCUUGGAGGAAUGCGAGAGAAUCUUUCAGCAAAUAGACGAAGCAAUUCAGAAGAAAGAUCCGGGUUCUGGUAAAAGCAAAUGGGAACGUCGCACACGAAGGCUUACCAUUGUGAUACUUGGGCCCGAUCUUGAAGUGUUGAAUUCCCACCUCGACAAGUUAAAAUCGACCAUGUUGCUGAUGCUGAAUGUGAUUAUGUAUGCAAGAGAGAUCAACCGGACAUCCGAUCAUGCUUCGCUCCAAUGUCAACGCCAGUUGAUUGAAACGCUUCUCCGUGAGAAAGCCGAAACUGAGGCUAGAUUGAAAGAACUCAUCAAUGUGGCCAAUACCCGGUCAGAUUGCGAUAGAGAGGGUACAUUGUCGUCUUCAACACUGGGCGCGCAACCUGGCAUGGCAGUAUGGCAGCAACCUUCAACCGGAAAUGAAAUUGAUAAGUAUUAUGAUCUUGUCAAAAGUCUGCUCAAUGAAAUCGACGAAUGUCGAACAAGUCUUCAACAAGAUAGACAUUUGAGGAUUAGAGAUGGGGUGGUGAAUGUUCACAAAGUUGAACUUGCCAUAUUUCAACAAUCCCAUGGAGAGGCAGCGGUACAAGCUUUUGACAGUCCCUUCUUCAAUAUUUGCAACCCAGAUAUGGACAGCUCUUUCACAUCAAAGCCGAACUCCAACAUGCCCCCUCAAAAGAUUGAGCCGUCAACAAGACGGUCUACCUUUUCCUUGGAAAGGUGCCAUUCGCUUGAGCGCAGCUCCUUGCCUGUUAUCCGCCGGGUCUCCACCAGUAACUUGAAUCUUGAGACCACUCAUAAAACGUCCAGGAAUCACUACGAAUACCGCGAAUACUCUAACCUUGAGCAUGGAGACCCUACUGGAGAAAUGUUCAUCAACCAGCCCAGCAGGGAACGUGGAAGAAAUUCAGCAUCCGCAGCAGACCGUCAUGAGACUUGUAUCCCCUUGUCUGCGUCUGAUCUUCACCCUGUGAUCAGCUCGGAUGGAACUCCCUCUCCGAGUCCCUUUCAUUCCACUUCUAAUCAAUAUCUGGUCCCACAUUCUUCACAUUCGUCUCAUCGUAGGCACCGCCGAAUGUAUAGCACGGACUAUGCCAGUGAUACCAGUCGUUUGGACCAACGCAAUAGGUUCCACCAUCACUCUCCUCAGCAAUAUCAGCCGUAUGCUUCGAGUGGGCGUCGUCGAGACCCUGCCUAUGAGGUAUUGAAGAAGGGCGAUGAUGUUGACUCCUACAACGCCUACUCCUACACUACACCGCGGGAGCAGUUUGACAGAGACUACCCUGUCAAGCCGCGCCAUUCUACAACGAGGAGCUCGCUUGAUCGGCCUCUCAGCAUGAAUGUGAUGGACGAGCAUCCCCAGGCUCCACCCAGUCCAGACUUCAGGAGAAAUUCGCUGUCCGUUCGUCCUCGCAAAUCGAACAACUCAUCCACCGAGGCCGAGAAAGUAAAGAUGAGCCCGGAGCCGCUGAAGCAACCAAAGGGCCCCUGGACAAAAGAAACAAAGAGGCCUCUUAAUUAUUUGCCCCCACGCGUGUCUAGCAAUUCAAUGCUGGAGACUAAGCAUGAUAUCCAAAACAACCAGCAGAAGCAAGACACCCGAGGAGGACUUUGGGAUGAAGAUAAUCAUUACGGAGAUACUCCCGGGGGCAAAUUUUCAGCUGACGGCGACGUUGAAAAAGACGAUAGAAAUGAGGAUGAAUCGAUGGAGGCUGACACACCAUCCCCAGAACAGAAAGCACUUGAUUUUAGCAAUUCAAAAAAGGAGGCCACCUCCUCUGGCAAAGAAGGUCCCAAGGAGCAUGUUGCGUGGGAUACUUUGGAAGAUCUGGCUACUAUAUCCGACGAUGUGCACUGCCAGUGGACACCGCCAGACCUUAACCACUUGAAUCCCUCUAGUCACAGCAACUCCUCCCACUGCAUCUCUGUCCGCUCCGUGCCAGCUACCAUGACCGUCAUGGUCAAAUCAGCAGCGACAGACUCCGAGACCCACACUUCUACUAAGUAG